AUGAAGAACCAACUAGAAGAAUCUGCACUAAUCACUAUGAUCAUAGCCAAGGGAGAGGGCCUGCCGAGCCAGAUCCACGGUCGACUGGGCUUGGGAAGCCAUGCCCGAGCAAGCCUAGGCUCGGUUCGCCAGGCCCUCUCGACGAAAUUUACAAGAACGACCCGCACUCGCACUGACUCCCGAGUUAACACCAUCCCGACCAAGAGUAGAUGCCAGAAUGAGAAUCCGAGGUGGGUGCUCUCUCCUCUUUUUUCUUUCCUCAAUUUCUUCUGUCUCCACGUUCAGGAAUUGAAACGCGACAGAAAAUGA